CCUUCUAAGAAUGAGUCUGCUGUGCAUGAAUGUGAAUGUGCACUGUUCUCCUGAAAACUCAAGAUUGGGGUUCGUUUCGGCUGAUAACCCGUACUUUUUUGAUUUCUCCCCGAAUUUCUCUGUAAUUUUCAGGAUAAUGGCAGAUGUUAAGGAAGUGGAAAGGGAGGAUGCUGGUGAUUAUGUUGCUCCAGACAACCUUGCCAAUGAUAUGCUGAUCAAACAUCCACUUCACAGCAAUUGGACACUUUGGUACUUUGAAAAGAACAACAAUAAGACUUGGGAAGAAAAUCAACGAGAAAUUACCAGCUUCAAUACUGUAGAGGACUUUUGGAGUCUUUACAACCAUAUUAGAUUGCCUAGCCAGCUGCGUGUGGGAUGUGAUUAUUCUCUUUUUAAGAAAGGGAUUAUGCCCAUGUGGGAGGACAGUGCCAACAGAGCUGGAGGACGCUGGUUAAUUAAUUUAGACAGGAAGCAACGGGAGACUGAUCUUGACCGCUUUUGGUUAGAAAUUCUCUUAUGUAUGGUUGGAGAAGCUUUUGAUGAACACAGUGAUGAUAUUUGUGGUGCUGUUGUAAAUGUCAGAGCAAAGAUAGACAAGAUUGCUGUUUGGACAGCUAAUGGCCAGGCUGCCAAUUCAGUAGUGGAAAUUGGAAAACGACUCAAAGAACGCUUGAACUUGGACAAUAAAUGUUCGCUUGGUUAUCAGAUGCACAAAGACACAAUGGUCAAGACUGGCUCAGUUACAAGAAAUCAGUACACUGUUUAAAUGUUGAUCGAUCACUUGACAGAUUAUUCAUAUCUGUUGCAUCCUUUGUUGCCUAGGUGUAAAUGGAAAGAUAUCUCUAAAAAUUUGCUUGAUUUGAUUACAAAAUUUGUCUUACACAGAGUUUGACAGAAUUACACCAGGCACCUUUCUCAUUUUUUACUAAAUUGAUGCUGUUAUUUUACUGUUCCUUGUUAAUAUUUGUUAAAUAAUAGAAUUUGUUUAACUUGCUAGUACAAGUAUCAUAUCCUUUUUCAAUUAUUUGAGGUUUACUUUUAGUGAAUGUAUCUUAAAGUUACGUUAGCAUACAUUACUAUAUCCAUUCAAGACUGGCAUUCUCCUACAGGUUAUUGUAUGAUGCCUCAUAACUUGUCUCUCUCCAUUUAAAUUUGCAUUUUUUCUGUAACACAUCAGGAUUUCUGCAUAUUUUCAUAUAUUUUUCAGAAAUCAAUGUUAGAUAAUACCAAAUCAGGUAGUUACUGUACUUUUCUACAAAUUAUUAUAAAUAAUUUCUGCUUAUAUUCUGUGAUGACAUAUUGGUUCUCAGUUUUAAGAUGUAUUACGUGACCGGUCCUUGUUUCUUGGUGUCUGUGUGUAUACUUUGUAUGUGGUUUUUAAAUUGGCCUCUAGCCAAAUGGCUUUGAUGGAGCUGUUAUAAGUUAAUCUUCCAAGUGCCUUAUGAGUGACUAAUGUGUUUGUUGCUUUCCGGUGUUGUUAGAAAUUCUUUUAUUGUGAAACAAAUUUAGGUGAGGUAGAGGCGUGUGGCAUGUAACAUAACAUGAUUGUGGUCUACUUACAGAAGUAAUAAUGCCACAACAAUUAAAUUCAUGUUAACCCUGUAUUAUUUUCUUUUGAGAUAAUACCAAGUAUGCAGAUAUUUGGCUGUAAUAAUUUUAAUUGCCAAAAAUUGCUGAUGCAAAAUCACCUGUAUAUAUGUUAUAUUUCUAUGAUCAGUGUAAAGGAAAAAACUGGUUGAAGUACAUAAACAUUUACCGUUGAUUAAAGUUACAUACUAUAAAA